AUGGGAAAAUCAUCCAAAGACAAGCGAGAUGCGUACUAUCGCCUUGCCAAAGAGGAGGGCUGGCGUGCGCGAUCGGCAUACAAAUUGCUUCAAAUCGAUGAGCAAUUCAAUCUGUUCGAAGGAGUCACACGAGUUGUAGAUCUAUGCGCCGCGCCCGGGAGUUGGAGUCAAGUCCUGUCACGCGUACUGAUCAAAGGAGAGACCUUUGGAAGAGCUGGAUGGGAAGAGAAACAGAAAGAGGCCCGAAACUAUGUUCUUGGUAUGAAAGAUGAAAAGUCCCAGGCCACGGAAGAGAAAAAGCAAAUUGAGCCUAGAAAACCACGUGAGGGAGUCCGGAUCGUGUCUAUCGACUUACAACCCAUGAGUCCUCUUGAGGGUGUUACCACUCUGCGUGCCGAUAUCACACAUCCAUCGACCAUCCCACUUCUUCUCAAAGCACUGGAUCCCGAUACUUACGAUCCUUCUUCCACGUCUCCAUCUGCCCCUGUAGACCUAGUCAUAUCCGAUGGAGCUCCUGACGUCACUGGUUUGCAUGAUCUUGAUAUCUAUGUCCAAUCUCAACUGUUGUGGGCGGCUUUGAACCUUGCACUAUGUGUGCUGAAGCCAGGAGGAAAAUUCGUUGCCAAGAUCUUCCGCGGUAAAGAUGUUGAUCUUCUCUUCGCACAGCUCAAGAUUGUGUUUGAUAGAGUUCGCGUUGCAAAGCCAAGGAGUAGUCGUGCAAGCAGUAUCGAGGCAUUUGUAGUGUGUGAAGGCUUCCAUCCACCGGAAGGAUUCAAGGCUAGCCUGGACGUGCCGCUGGGGGCUGGAAUAGAUCUCCCACAGAUCGAGAAGGAAGCCGUGGAUGCUGAUAAGAAGCCGUCCAGCAAGCAGAGAGAAGAUGGAGCCAUCGAACUAGAACUCCCGUCCGAAGACGACGAGGGUGGACCAGAGGGUGGGUCCCGUUGGAUUGCGCCGUUCCUUGCUUGCGGAGACCUUUCAGCGUACGACUCAGAUGCGACUUACCAGCUACCGAAAGAUAGGGUGUCUCUCGACCCAGUGCAGCCACCCACCAUGCCACCCUAUAAGAAGGCACUUGAGAUGAGAAAACUAGCUGGCGGCGCAUACGGGAAGACGAGAGGGCAAGAGAACACAUCAGCUUGA